UGCAGUUUCCGGUCCCUCGCAUGACCCUUGGUUGUGACGUCACUUCCUAUCCAGCCCCCGGGUCUCGCUUUCCGGCGGGGAAGUGACGCUGUCGCCGGGCGGGGCGGGGGAGCCGCGCUCGGAGCCGGGGACGGAGCCCCAGCCAUGGCCGAGAUCAGCGACCUGGACCGGCAGAUCGAGCAGCUGCGGCGCUGCGAGCUCAUCCGGGAGAGCGAGGUGAAGGCGCUGUGCGCCCGGGCCCGGGAGAUCCUGGUGGUGGAGAGAAACGUGCAGCGCGUGGACUCCCCCGUGACGGUCUGCGGGGACAUCCACGGCCAGUUCUACGACCUCAAGGAGCUGUUCAGGGUCGGAGGUGACGUCCCAGAGACCAAUUACCUCUUUAUGGGUGACUUCGUGGAUCGGGGCUUCUACAGCGUGGAGACCUUCCUGCUGCUGCUGGCGCUCAAGGUGCGCUACCCCGACCGCAUCACCCUGAUCCGGGGCAACCACGAGAGCCGGCAGAUCACGCAGGUGUACGGCUUCUACGACGAGUGUCUGCGCAAGUACGGCUCCGUCACCGUCUGGCGCUACUGCACCGAGAUCUUCGACUACCUCAGCCUGUCGGCCAUCAUCGACGGCAAGAUCUUCUGCGUCCACGGGGGCCUCUCCCCGUCCAUCCAGACGCUGGAUCAGAUCCGCACGAUCGAUCGCAAGCAGGAGGUGCCGCACGACGGGCCCAUGUGUGACCUGCUCUGGUCUGACCCCGAAGACACGACGGGCUGGGGCGUGAGCCCGCGGGGCGCCGGCUACCUCUUCGGCAGCGACGUGGUUGCCCAGUUCAACGCCUCCAACGACAUCGACAUGAUCUGCCGCGCCCACCAGCUGGUCAUGGAGGGGUACAAGUGGCACUUCAACGAGACCGUGCUCACGGUCUGGUCGGCCCCCAACUACUGCUACCGGUGCGGGAAUGUGGCUGCCAUCCUGGAGCUGGACGAGCACCUGCAGAAGGAAUUUAUCAUCUUUGAAGCUGCCCCCCAGGAGACCCGGGGGAUCCCCUCCAAGAAGCCCGUUGCCGACUACUUCCUGUGACCCCCCCCGGACUGAGGCACCCCCUGGCUUCCCCUGCUGGGGGGUUUGGGGGCACUUGGGGAGCUGAACGUGGGGCCGCCCAGAAUCCAGCCCUGCUCUGGGUUGAACUGACUGUUACCUCACUGCCCCCGUCUCCCUCCUGCUCCGUGUUACCCCUCCCCCUCUGCAGCGCCCCCAAAUCGACAGCUGAUUUCUCCAGGCUUCAGUCCCCCGCCUCUUAUUUAAUAUCGGGACCCCUCCCCCUGCAGCCCCGGCCUGGCUGCGGCAGGGCAUCUGCCCUCCCAAACUGGAUCCCACAUAUUGGGGGGGACCCCAACCCAGUCAGACACCCCAGUAUCCUGUGGGUCACCCCACAACUUCAUCUCUCCUGAGGGACCAGUUUCCACACCCACCCCGUCUCUUGGGGGGGGGCUAUUCCUACACCCCCAUUUCUCUCUGGGGAGGGGCCCCUCCUGAUCUGUCUCCUCUUGACCUUUUUAUUUCUUCGGUUUAAUUAUUUUUCCAAUUUUUGCCUUUUUUGUUCAUUUUAGAUUUAAAAAAAAAUUCUAAUAAAAAUGGGAAAAAAACAGAAAAAAAAAUAAAAGGACGUUUGUACAAAG